GGCGGGGGCGGGCCGGGCCGCGGGCUAAGCGGGCCCCGCAGCCGGGCCGACAUGGCGUCGCAGCCGCCGCCUCUCAAGCCGUGGGAGAACCGGCGGCUGGCGGGCACCGUGGCGCCGGCUUUCCAGUCUGCUGACUUGGGUGACAACCUGCUGACCAGGCCUGGACAACCCACAGUUGCACGAAUACCUCCACCUAUUUUACCAAGACCAUCACAGCAAACGGGAAGCAGUAGUCUGAACACUUUCAGGCCAGCAUAUAGCAGUUCUUUUUCUCCAGGCUAUGGUUCAUAUGGAACCUCUUUUUAUGGAAGCUAUAGUCCUUACAGUUAUGGAUAUGGUGGUUUGGGUUAUAACCGCUUUCGUGCCGAUGAUAUUCCUCCCAGCAGGUUUGUUCAGCAGGCUGAAGAAAGCAGCAGAGGUGCAUUUCAGUCCAUUGAAAGUAUUGUGCAUGCGUUUGCCUCAGUCAGCAUGAUGAUGGAUGCUACCUUUUCAGCUGUGUACAACAGUUUCAGAGCUGUGUUGGAUGUAGCCAAUCACUUCUCCCGCCUCAAAGUACACUUCACAAAGGUGUUUUCAGCUUUUGCAUUAGUGAGAACUAUAAAAUAUCUCUACCAACGUCUACAACGAUUGCUAGGUCUGCGGAAGAGCUCUGAGAAUGAGGAUUUGUGGGCUGAAAGUGAGGGGACAGUAGCUCGUGUUGGCCUUGAAGACAAGGCAGCUAACUCUGCAAAAUCCUGGCCCAUUUUCUUGUUUUUUGCUGUUAUAAUGGGAGGUCCUUAUCUGAUUUGGAAACUGCUUUCUACAUACAGUGACGAAGAAACAGUAUCUAGUAACUGGGCGAGUGGAGAAGAUGAUCAUGUAGUUGGAAGAGCAGAAUAUGAUUUCAGUGCUCUCUCAGAAGAAGAAAUUUCUUUCCGUGCUGGUGACAUGCUAAAAUUAGCACCCAAAGAACAACAACCUAAAAUCCGUGGCUGGCUUUUGGCUAGUUAUGAUGGCCAAACAACAGGACUUGUGCCAGCUAAUUACAUCAAAAUCCUGGGUAAAAGAAGAGGUAGGAAAGCAGUGGACCUGGAAAAGAUUACAGAGCAACGGCCGGCCUUUACCCGCACAUCUGUUAGAGGAUCCACUGCUACUGUGACUUUAGAGGAGCAGGAAGCUGCUUUUGAUUCUGUGUUUGCUGGAAGUAAUAAAGCUCCUGUUGCAACUGACUCCACUGUGGUUAGUGGAGAGAAACAGGAACUCUAAUGCACUUUGAUCAACAAAGCAACUGAACUGUGCUUUAUUGAUAAAACUUAGGGUUUGUUGAAAAAUCUGUAUUGUAGUGGAACACUGAUGGGUCUGUACCAGUUAUUGCUGCUACUGACUGGUGAAGGGAUGGAGAAAUGAUUGCUCAAAUUUGUAGUAUUUAUUUUUGACUCACCUAAGGCUGUACAUUAGUGAUUCUACCCAACCACCUGGCAGCAACUAAGAUCUUGAGGCAAGGAGAAUUGAGGCAUUUAUAACAAGGAAACAAAAAAAACCCAAAACAAAACAGGGACUGCCAGCCCAUCCUUGUUAAGAAGACAAGCUGUUGGUGAAAUCUAGAGAUUAACAUCCUGUCUUCAUUGAAAUGUCAGCUUGACAAGAAGCCUCUUCGAUAGAUGUGCAAAGGGAAGGUAGAUUUCUGUAAGCUGUCCUCCAAAACUGGAUGCUGAGGUCUGUAAAAUAGUAGUGUUGCUUCGUUUCCUCCUGAAGGGAGGGAGGGAGAAUUGCAAGAGAAUUAGGUGGUGCAAUUGAAUCGUUAGAAGUUAUAAGUUUACAGAGGAAAAGCGAGGAGGAUUCAGCAGUAGUUUGAACCAGAUCUCUUUUGUUUAUUAAAAGAACAUUAGAAUGAAGGCUGUCCUGCAGUCAGGCACUUUCCAGCACACUUACUUUUACUCCCUUCUGUGGUAAACUAACUUUGCAUCACUCCCAGCCAUUUUGUGUUGUAGCCGGUUAACUGCCUAUCAGUAGUUUAUCAAUUGCCAUCUGCCUCUCAACUUAUUUCUGUUAUUAUUUUUAUAUGAAUGUCGAAAUAUCUCUCCUGCCUUUUAGUGCAGUAGGAAAGCAUUGGGUUGGGGGAAGUUUUCCAUGAGUGGCAAAGAAAAAGUAACAUCUCUUGCUUCAUUGUCUCAGCUGAGGCCUUGGAGUUAACUCUUUAUGCUGCCUUUCAGGUGGUAAAUUUUGCAACUGCCCGUAAUUUGAGGGCUCUGGUUUGUCAAAAGCCACAAAAGCAUUAAGACUGUUCAAAAUAUUUAGUAUAUUCUUCAUAUUGGUGUUUGAAAAUUCUAUAAUGAAAUACCAUUUUGUUUUGUUUUGCUAUGAAGCAGAGAUAAUUAAAACUUUUUUUCCUUGUAGUACAUACGUAUAACAUAUUGAGCUUCUGAAGGUUAGAGCAAUGUGUAAAGUAACUAAAGCUUGUCUUAAUCAUUAAAAUAGCUUUUUUAUUUUAAAGGUACUCAAAAGUAUUAGUGAAAGUAGGGCACGUGCCUCUGCUUAAUUGAUCCAGUAGUUUCAGCUUGUUUCUGCAGAGAUCUUCAACACCCAUUAUGUGUUAGCUAAGCUUUCAGAAUUUAGACUUUAAUUGCAUUUGCUGGCCUUGAGAUCUUAGGAUUCUGUUCAUCACAACAAAACUCUGAGAAGAAAAAUUGAAGUGAGCACAGUUUUAUUGAGGUAUAGUGGCUGAAAAGACAGGUAUUAUGCUGGAACACAAUUUUAAAGAAAACUCUGAAUGCCUGUUGUUGAUAAUUAGAGCAAGAAUUUAAGUGGUUGUGCUCAGUAAUUGGGAGAUGAUGCGAAGAAUUUUUUUUUUUUUUUUUUACUAGACUGUUAGACCUUCAAGUGCAAAGGAACAGGAAAGAGUAGUUAAGGGGCAAAUGAUAAAUUGACACUAUGUUUACUAGGUUUAAAACAGAACACGUUCCUGAGACACUUCCCUAUGUAGCAGGGCAUUGGAGAAAAUUAUCUAUAUUUUGACAUGACAUCUGUUGUUGAUUUAAAUAAAAAUAGCAAACAAUCCUGAAAUAUAAAAUAGGAAUAAAAGGCGGGGAGGAGGGCAAGUAUCAAGUGUACAGUUCUGCCUACAGUGUGUAUUCCUGGAUGGAAUUAAUUUACUUUUGUGAGAUUUAAUUAAUGGAUUGUCAUCCUCUCUUGUGUCAGUGAAAGAUUUCAGUCCGAGGAAGUGUCUGUUAAAUAAAUGAAUAAACCCCAAACUUUAUGUAGAGCAUCUAUUCAAGUAGAUUUUUGUUUUCCUGCUUAGAACAAGUUGGGAAGACAGUACCAUGAUGUUUGUUAGAAUUUUUAAAUCUUGCUAAUUUUUAGAAAUAUUACUUUCAUUUCACUUUUCAGAUCAUACUAUUUUGAAAACAAUUCUUUUAGUAGGAAGAUAGGUUAUUAAUAACUGCGCUGAGUUGGCUUUGUGGUAGUUUGACUCAGUCUACCAAUCGCUGUCAUAACUGUAUCUGCUGAAUCUUGACAAGAAUUUUGAUCCUUUCAGUCUUGUGAUUCCUUUAAUGGGAAAAUAAGGCUCUGAGGAAAUCAAGUUAAAUAACUAACUCACAAUUAAUUGUACUGAUUGCAGAAGGGUAUUAAAAAUCACUGAAGUAAAAUAUAUACUGUGCUUUAAGAUUUUCUUUUUUUUCUUUUUUUUUUUUUUAAUUUUUAGUGUACAAACUAGCAUCAGGAAAAAAAUGUGAGUCCUACAAUUUCACUCUAUGUUUCUGUCUAUAUGUCAGGCUACAGAAAAAACAUCUAUAUGAAUGUUGAUUGAAAAAGGGAGGCUGGUUGGCAGGCUGCUUAAGACUUGAAGAAUUUUAGAAACAUGAGAAUACUAAAAGGAGCAGGUGUGGCUGCAACAGGAGUAUGUAGAAGAAGAGAUCAGAAAAGAGAUGCUGUUAAAAUAUUGUUAAACUCAUGCAUUGACAGUUAUUAAGAUUUGUACGUGCUAAGAUUCCUUUAUGUUAUUCUUUGGAACUACUUAUACUGUAGCAGCGUAGAAGUCAGUAAUAGACCUAUGACAUUUGUUUGUGUAAGGUUUUAGUUUUAUCUUACUUUAAUCUUAUUGAUAAUGUUUAGUAUAGCAGAGCCAUUUUAUGUUUGAAUACUAUCUGAACUAACGACAGAUGCCAGUUUUGACUGGUUCUCUGGGUGCUAGCAGUACGUGAACAUGCACACAUUCAAAGCUUUGUUCAGGUUUCUGAAUAAUAAAUUUAAAAUAUUAUUCUCUUCAUCUAGCAGAACUUAAUAAAAUUGUCUGCCUCUUUUGCACAGGUUCAAAAACUUCCUUCCAUGGAACUAGACUGCAUCUGAGAUAGAUUGUUUUGUCUUACUUGGCAAUCUUUGUGAAAUUUGCUAGUGUGGUAAAUAUUAAAAAAAAUAGAUGCUUAUAUAUCUUGAUCUGUUUGUAAGGACAAUUUUCCAGAAGAGGUACAAACUCAGAAACCAACACAGUGAUUUUUCUUGAUGCACCAUUGUAGAAAUACUCUUGUCCACAAUAGUAGCAGAACUGUAUUUCACAAAACAUAAAUAACGUGAAAGCGUAUGUUUUUAAGUAGUUCUUUCCAGUUUUUUUUUAUCCGUGCAGGUGUGGCCGUAUGUUGGGAUUGGCAAACAUUUUUGGUCUCUAUUGGCAGCUAGUAAUUCCCUGUAUCCACAGAUGGUGAUACACUGUUUUCCCCCUCCCCUCCUUGUGUGGUGGGACCGGUUUUUCAGCAAACAGAUUUGAAACAAGUUUGAGAUGAUAAA